AUGAAGAAACGAGUAGAAACAGAGAAACUGAUGAACGAGUGUUCGGCUUGUUUCACUUUUAAAGAGACAAAGUUGAUCCUGAGACGUGAAAAGCUGCUGCCGACAGCUAGCUGCGUGCUAGCAUUAGCAUUAGCCGACAGCUAGCUUCGAGCUAGCGUUAGCCGACAGACUGAAGAAGAGACAAACGUGGAGGAGCCUUGACUCAGGACAGAGGAUCCGUCUCUGAACAUGCUGGGGACAGCUGGGGACUCUGCAUUGUCCACACACUGACAUGUUAAACAUCAUGACGCGGUGUGAUACGUGUGAUGGUCACAGACUUGUCAUCUGGAGCUGUGCAGUGAAAACCAGGUUCCAUUCAACACGAGCUGACACAGAAGAACUGUGACAGAAACACUUCAUCAACCAACAUGAAGGAGUUCACACCAACACAGUCACGUCUUCAUCUGGAUCAGUUACAGAGACGACUCGUGAUGUUCUACUUUAUUUACAUAGUAAACACAUUCCUAUAAAACCUUCCACUUCCUGUGAGAUUCCCUUGGAAUCGUCUUCACCACCUUCGAGUCCAGUGAAGGAAACCAACGUCAGCACAGGGGGAUUCUGGGUAUUGAAGUUUCAACUGGCCUCUUUCUUCUGAAAGACACAGUUUGCCUGCGGUCAGCUGAGUGUGAAACAUCCGUAAAAACAUCUGGAAACAUCCGGAGCAAGUGAAUGGAUAAAUUAAAGAAGGUGCUGAGUGGGCAGGAAGCGGGCGGGGACACGGAGGACCCCGGGGUCCUGGAGAGAGCCAAUCAGGCGACGACGUUGGCCUGGGGCUCGAGGGUGAAGGGCUUCCUGGUCUUCUUCAUACUGGGACUGCUCAUCUCUUUACUGGCCACCUUCAUGAUGUGGAUCCCGGGCUUCGGUCUCGCUGUGUUCGUGGUCUUCUACACGGUGGGAAACAUCUGCGUCCUGGCCAGCAUCAUGUUCUUGGUGGGGCCGUGGCGGCAGCUGAGGACCAUGUGCGCCAGAGAGCGAGCGCUGGCCACCAUCCUGGUUCUGGUUUGUCUGGCGUUGACGCUCUGCUCGGCCUAUUUGUGGACGAAUUUCACCCUCGCUCUGAUUUUCUGUUUCCUCCAAGUUUUGGCUUUCACCUGGUACGGCCUCUCAUACCUCCCCUUUGCCAGAGAAUGCAUCUUGAAAUUCUGUUCAAGCUGCUGCUGCUGAUCAUCCGAGUCCGUCUAACCAAUCAGCAAGCGGGAUCUUCACCUUAAAGUUCUGUGCGUGUUACAGUGUUUGUUUACCUCCAGGACACGAUCCCAGU